CCUUCCGCCACCACGCCGCCACGUGCCGUCCUCGACUCCCUCUCCUCCGUCGCUGCGCGCAGUGCUCGCUGCACCCGCCUCUUGCCUCUGCCCACCAUGCCGUCCUAUUACGUGCCCAUCCUCGUCGCGGGCAUGCUCAUCACGGGCUCCAGCAACUCCCUCUGGAGCAAGUGGCAGGACAUCCAAUGUGUCGAGAACUGCGACGAUCCAAACCCUGCGCGUCAUGUCCUCUAUGAGCAACCGGUCUGGCAGACGCUCCAAAUGUUCUUCGGUGAAAUGCUCUGUUUCCUGCCCGUAAUAUACGCGUGGCUUGCGUCUAGGCGCGCUCAACCUUCCGUGCAGCUCCCUCCCGAGGAAGAGGAAGAACCAGCCGCCGGUUCCAAAGCCCAGAUCGCGGUAGAGCAUCUCCAUGGCUGGAAGAUCCUCCUCCUAUGGUUCCCUGCAGCCUGUGACCUUACCGGCACGACGCUGAUGAACGUCGGUCUGCUAUACACCCCGGUCUCGAUCUAUCAGAUGACCAGGGGCGCGCUUGUUCUCUUUGUUGGAGUCCUCUCCGUCAUCUUCCUGCGGCGCAGGCUGUGGCUUUACCAGUGGAUCUCUCUUGUCACCGUCAUGGCAGGAGUCUCGCUGGUGGGUUUCAGUGGGUCCAUGAUCAAGGAUGCUGUGAAGGAGGACGCGGGCUUCGCCGGUUUCGUCCGUGCGGCUGCGCGUCUGUUGGAUGAUCUACCUGCGCCCCAGCCUAUCGAAGAGCCCGAGAUUACGAAGGUUCUCGUCGGUGUCUUCUUCAUUCUCUUCGCGCAGGUGUUCACUGCGACCCAAUAUGUCGUCGAAGAGAAGAUCAUGGCCCGCUACUCGGUCGCGCCGCUGGUCGCGGUCGGCUUCGAGGGCUUUUUCGGCGCGUUGACCAUCGUCCUCGCCAUGCCGCUGCUCGCCCACUACUCGCAGGUCUCGCCGUUCUUCGACCUCCCUCGGGGUUGGCACCAGAUGAUCAACACGCCGUCCGUCCUGUGGAGUAGCGUCGCGAUUGCGUUCUCCAUCUCGUUUUUCAACUUCUUCGGGCUGAGCGUCACAAGGCAUGCGAGCGCGACGGUGAGGAGUCUGACUGACACUUGCAGGACACUGAGUAUCUGGAUCGUGAGCUUGGGGCUUGGCUGGGAGCGGCUCAUGUGGCCGAUCUCAGGCCUUCAAAUCGUUGGCUUCGGCCUGUUGGUAUACGGAACGUUCCUAUUCAACAGCCUCGUCAAGCCGCCCGGUUUCCUGCGCCCGGCGGCCGAGACCGCACCCGUGUCGACUUCGUUCGCAGAGGACGCUGAGGAGAACCGGAGGCUGCUUUCCGAGCAUGUGUUGGAUGAGACGGCCGCACUGCCCGCAGACCUCGGUCAGAGCGGGUUCGACGCGCUGCCUCCACACGAGCAUCCCGCUGGCCCGGAGGCGGCUCCCACUCGGCGGUAGGCCGCGACGCGCGCACUCUCCACCUUCUCCCGCCCAUGCUGACUGGAACAUCAUACAACGUGCUUAUUUAAUGUCGCUUGUGCUUUCCUGCUCUUGUCCCAGCGUCCGUGUACAUGUGCUCUGCUGUUUUUCGCGAAUGUGGCACUGCCCUGCGCUACUCAGAAGCCCGGAACGUGGUCCUGUGUGUGAGGGAGUCUGAUUGUUUCCGAGUCAGUAUGCUGCCGUGUUUGGGCUGGGCUUGGGCUGUGGCUGCGG